AUGAGAUCAAUCGCUCGUCUUAUCGGUCGCAGGCUGUAUCAUCCAAACGCACUAGAACACCAGGCCAAAUAUGCGCUUUCGCCUCUAACUUACGGCUGUGAUUCUCUUCAGUAUAAAGUACUUAAUAACACAUUGAAUAAUCACGUGCCCACGCAUGGAUUUAACGAAAGGGCAAUAGUUGCGUCUCUCAACGAGCUAGAACUCGGUUCAUCGGUGUUGUCGGGGUUGGGAAGUGACAACUCGCCCUCUUUUUUCAACGUUUCACCCUCGGUACUCGAAUUGGUCAAAUUUCAUCUGGUCACCAAAAGAUACGCCAUCACCAAAGAGCUGGACUCCGAAUUAGCGACCGCAGAUGCCACCACAUAUAAUGCACCAGCACUAAAGACGCUAUUCCAACGCCGUUUGGAGCUCAAUAAGCCUGUUGCAGCCCAUCUGUCGCAGCUUUUAUCGAUCCUGUCGAUUCCCGGUGAGUUUCUCGUCCAAAGUGCUCUGCCUGAACUGCAUCGCCUUUCCGACGACAUGGUAUACUAUUCCAACGAAACCGACUCACCAGAUUUCGCAUGGUAUUCGAAACGAGUUGCCAUCUCAUGUGCGUUUGUGAGCUCAGAGCUUUUCAUGGCUCAGGAUAAGUCCCCGAAUUACGCUCAGACUUUUGAAUUUGCAGCCGAAAAGCUGGAUCGCGUGACCCGGCUGGGCCAGUACUACACCAAUACGGAAGAGUUUAUGUGGUACACGCUGCUGAUGAGCAUCAAUCUUGCGAAAUCUCAGCUCACGCGUUGCUAG